GAUAAUCCGUGGUGACGUGGGUCCCUUUGGUGAACUCACAGCGUGGACUGUGUGAGUGCGCGCAUUCAAAGUUGGAGCAAGUGUGAGGGAACAGUUCCCUUGCAAUUGUCCCAGCGGCAGGUGGCUGCUGCUGCUGCUGCAGACCUCCAUCCAACCUCCACCCGCGUGGACGUGUAACCAGCUUCCGGCUGAUGUUCCUCAUGCACCUGCAGCUCCAUCCGUGAGAAGUGGGACGCGAGAGAGCAUGAGCUGUUCUUUGCCGAAAAGCCAAUCUGCAACGUCCCUACUGAAGUCCGCGGUGCUCCAGCACAGAUCCACACAGAACGGCCGCGGCGGGCACCAAAACCAACGCGACCAGAGAGGAGCCGACGCCGGCCGGAUGGAGGAAGCGAGCGCUAGGAGACCCCUGUGCCGGCCCGGCCACGCAGAGAAAAGCGCGGAGGACGCGAAGCGCAAGACGCGCGCAAAGUCCGUCAGGUCCAAGCAGUCCGCAGGGCACGGGGGACGCGGACGGGACUCCAAAGGGUCCCCGUGUGCGAGUAAGGAAGACCGGGACGACGCCGACUUCUUCUUCGAGACCGGCAGGAAGCCGGUGAGCGGCUCAGCCUCCAGCUUGAGUUCGGACGCCGCCGCCAGUAGCGCUCCGGCUACGAGUCGGCCCACCUCCGGCCGGAGGUCCAAGAGGCUCAGCACCGUUUCGGACUAUGAUGCAAGCCUGCACCCCAUCGUCAAGUCUGUCUUUGGACAAGACAGAGAGCUGCGGCCAGAAGAAAUGGAUGAGCUGCGCGAGGCGUUCAGGGAGUUCGACAAGGACAAAGACGGCUUCAUCGGCUGCAAAGACUUGGGCAACUGCAUGAGGACGAUGGGCUACAUGCCCACAGAGAUGGAGCUGAUUGAACUUAGCCAGCAGAUCAACAUGAAUUUGGGCGGACAUGUCGACUUUGAGGACUUUGUUGAGCUUAUGGGGCCCAAACUUCUGGCUGAGACCGCAGACAUGAUCGGCGUGAAGGAACUGCGGGAUGCGUUCAAAGAGUUUGACACCAAUGGCGACGGUCAGAUCAGUACUGCAGAACUCAGAGAAGCGAUGAAAAAGCUUUUAGGACAACAGGUAGGCCACAGAGAUCUGGAGGACAUUUUACGAGACAUAGACCUCAACGGGGAUGGACAUGUGGAUUUUGAAGAAUUCGUGCGGAUGAUGUCUCGAUGACUUGAGAGUGCACCGCUGACCUUUACGGAGAAAAAAAAAAAUCACAUCAAGGCCGGCCCUGAAACUGCACCGCUGGAGUAUGACGGCCGACAAGCACAUCAAGUCAACACGGUUGGGGUUUUUUCUCCUGCUGUUUCUUUGAACAUAAACCAAUUUGUUUAAGACUAUAAACUUUCUUGUUUUUUACAAAAAGGAUAAGCACAUUUUCUUCUGGCGCUAAUGUGCUUGUCAAAUUGAAUAAAUCUAUCUGACAAUUCCGUGUAGCGAUUUAGAUGAUGUCAUCCACCGAGAGCCUACGAGAGCGUAUGAACUCACUCAGCUGCCGAUAAAAAAAAACAAAAAACAUGGAGGCUAUCUCAGGUUAUACGUGCACACCAUCAGCGGAAGCGAGAUUUAGGGAUGAAGGCAAAAACACAAUAUGGCAAUAUCUCGGUGUGGUCUUGUCAAAGAAGUGUCAUUGUGUUUUUUUGUACAUAAUCUUUUUUCCUUUCCAGAUUGUAGAUAUGUUCCCAUUAUGCUGUCUUUGAACAUACCUCGCGGUAAGUGUUUUUUUUUUCUGUGAUGUAACAUCAUGUUCUGGAUUCAAUUAUGUCAUUUUAUUGUGAAUUCUGUGUCUUUUUCUGUGUGCAUUGAGAUUUCCUGACGCAAGUUGGACAGUGCAUAAAAAAUCUAGUACAUACAUACCUUUGUUCAAAUGUCAGUUUUUGUCAUAUGAAAAAAAAAAGAAAAUGCCAAACUGUUUCAAAACUUUUUGGGAAAAAUUUCAUAACAAUGAAAUGAUGUAUCUUGGCAAUUGAACAGGGGUGUGUAGACUUUUUAUAUCCACUGCUUCUACUGUAUGUACAGCUGACCUGAGAGGCAAUUUAAACAUUCCAAACUAAUUCUGAAUAUCAUUGUGCAUGAGUAUCCAGAUUAUUUUUUUAUUUAAUUUUACCAUUUCCCAAAGGCACAUACUGGUGGCAAUGUGAGAUUUUUUUUUAAUUAGUAGAUUUUAUAACUAUACCGUAUUGUUGGUUGUGUUUUCUUUGUAAAUUAAGAGGCAAUUUGUGUCCAUGUGUGUAAUUUGGAUGAGUACGAUUCUCAAUAAUCUGUCAUUUAAAUUAUUUUCUACAUAUCAACAAAGAAGCAGCAUUUGUUUCUUUAUGCACAAAAGCCAAAGAAAGUUGACAAAACUACUAUUUGACUUAAGUACAAGGUAUGCAGGAUGUUUAAUUUAUAUCGAUAAAAGAAGGGACUGUUAAUAAAUGUGCAUGCCAAGUGGAGGUAUGAAAUCAAAAAGGGAAUUCUCAUACUUGUUUUUUGCUGUGUGAAAACUAUGCAUGCCAAAAGCAAUUUGUAGCAGAUUUUCUGGUAGAAUAAAGGUUUUUAUGACAUGCGAAA